CCCUCACUCAAACAUCAUGUCCAGUAUAGAGCUCAUCAACCCGAGAGCAGAGUCCGUAAGACGUACUCAGGCUUUGCAGGUCAAUACGGCAGGAGCCGUCGGUUUGGCAAAUGUCGUCAAGUCGAAUCUUGGACCGAGAGGGACGUUGAAGAUGCUAGUCGAUGGGUCGGGUCAGAUCAAGAUGACCAAGGAUGGUAAAGUCUUACUUUCCGAAAUGCAAAUCCAGAACCCCACGGCCGCUAUGAUAGCUCGUACUGCCGUAGCUCAAGAUGAGCAGGUAGGAGACGGCACGACUUCUGUCGUUUUAUUGGUUGGAGAACUGUUAAAGCAAGCGGAUAGGUAUAUACAAGAAGGGGUGCAUCCGAGAGUGAUUGGAGAAGGUUUUGAUCUAGCAAAAAAAGAAGCUUUAGCCUUCCUCGACAGCUACAAACAAUUCCCCACACUCGACCGUGCCAACCUCAUUUCCGUCGCUCAAACUUCCCUCUCUACCAAGCUCCACUCCGCUCUCGCUCAGAAACUCUCCGCCGAUGUCGUAGAUGCCGUUCUAGCCAUCCGUGCUCCCGCCCCUUCACCCGAUGCCACAGGCUCGGAGGCCAUUCGAGAACCUAUCGAUUUGCACAUGAUUGAAAUCAUGAAAAUGCAACAUAAGACAGAUACGGAUACUCAAUUAGUCCGAGGAUUGGUCAUGGACCAUGGAGCGAGGCAUCCGGAUAUGCCAAAGAGGGUCGAGAACGCUUAUAUCUUGACUUUGAACGUGUCUCUGGAGUAUGAGAAAACCGAGGUCAACUCGGGCUUCUUUUACUCUUCAGCAGAACAACGUGAAAAAUUAGUCGAAUCCGAACGUCGUUUCGUAGAUGAAAAACUUCGUAAAAUCGUCGCCCUCAAGAAUAAAGUUUGCGACAUGGAAGUUGGUUCCGGCGAGAAGCCCAAAACCUUCGUUGUGAUCAACCAAAAAGGUAUCGACCCCAUGUCGCUCGACGUGUUGGUGAAGAACGGAAUAUUGGCGUUGCGCAGGGCCAAAAGACGGAAUAUGGAGAGACUGCAACUGUGUUGUGGGGGUGUGGCUCAGAACAGUGUAGAUGAUCUGACGCCGGACGUGUUGGGAUGGGCGGGGUUGGUUUAUGAACAUACGCUUGGAGAGGAGAAAUAUACGUUUGUAGAGGAUGUCAAAGAGCCGCAGAGUGUGACGAUGUUGAUCAAAGGUCCAAACGCACAUACCAUGGCCCAAAUCCAAGAUGCUCUCCGAGAUGGUUUCCGUUCUGUGAAAAACGCUCUCGAAGAUAAUUGUCUCAUUCCCGGAGCAGGAGCUUUUGAACUCGCUUGUUCCCGUCAUCUCCUCGUCGAUCCUGUUUUACGAGCAUCAGCCAAAGGUCGAACUAAACUUGGUGUUCAAGCGUUCGCCGAAGCUCUCUUGAUCGUACCCAAGACCCUGGCCGCUAAUGGGGGAUACGACGUCCAAGAUGCCAUUGUGAAUCUUCAAGCGGAGUUGGAUGAGACGGAAGGGAAAGAAGCUGUUGGAUUGGAUUUGAGGACUGGGGAAGGUAUGAGUCCUGUUUUGGAAGGGAUUUGGGAUAAUUAUAGAGUGAAAAGACAAAUGUUACAUAGUUGCUCUGUUAUAGCCGUUAAUUUAUUGAGCACUGAUGAGAUUUUGAGAGCUGGAAGAACUUCGUGA